UUAUUUUAGACCAUCGAGAUCCUUCCGGUCCGCGAAGCCCCGCCCACUCGACCACGUGUUUGUUGUGUUUAUGGGCGCAUUGAGAAGCGCGUGCAGGUUUUAUUUCUCCACUUCUGCAAAAAUCACAAUGACCAACUUCAGAUUUAUAGAUAUUGGCAUCAAUCUAACAGACCCGAUGUUCAGAGGAAUCUAUAGAGGAACUCAGAAACAUGAAGAUGAUUUUCCUCAGGUCAUCGAGAGAGCGCUGAAGGUCGGCGUGCAGAAGUUCAUCAUCACUGGAGGAAGCCUGGAGGACAGCAGAGAGGCGCUCAGACUCGCACAGACCCGAGAGGAGUUCUUCAGUACGGUGGGCUGUCACCCGACCCGCUGCGGGGAGUUCGAUCAGCUGGGCUCGGAUCAGUACCUGUCGUCUCUGGUGGAUCUGAGCGUCGGGGACAGACAGAAGGUGGUCGCUGUGGGAGAGUGUGGCCUCGACUUUGACAGGUUGGAGUUUUGUCCCAGAGAAACUCAGCUCAAGUACUUCGAGCGGCAGUUUGAUCUGGCGGAAGAGACUCGAUUACCCAUGUUCCUCCACUGCAGGAACUCACACCCACAAUUCCUUGACAUCAUGAAGAGGAACAGAGAUCGGUGUGCCGGUGGAGUGGUUCACUCGUUUGAUGGCACGCAGCAGGACGCGGCGGCUCUGAUAGAUCUGGAUCUGUACAUUGGCAUCAACGGCUGCUCUUUGAAAACAGCAGAGAACCUGGAGGUGAUGAAGUCAAUCCCAUCGGACAGACUGAUGAUCGAAACAGACGCGCCGUGGUGCGGCAUUAAAAACACUCACGCAGGAGCGAAGAUGAUCCGAAGCACAUUCCCCACUAAGAAGAAGUGGGAGACGGGACACUGCGUGAAGGACCGCAACGAGCCCUGCCACAUCAUACAGGUGCUGGAGGUGAUGGCGGCGGCGAGGGGCGAAGAUCCACUGGACCUGACUGAAACCAUCUACAACAACACCAUGAGACUGUUCUUCAAGAGCAGAUCCUGAGAGGGACUUUUAUUUUCAUAUAUGUGUGUGUUGUUCAAAAGAUGCACAAUAAAAGUGACCAGAACAAUG